AUGGUUCGAUUGCUCGUCUUGGCUGCAACGGUGACAUUGAGUUUGGCGGCUCCCAAUCAAAAGAUCAUCAUGCCUUGCUUGGGUUUACUUGAUCCCACUUCUACCGACGUUGAACCUUGUAAAGGACCGGAACUCUGGGCAGCUCACCAACAAUGGACACCGUUGAGAAAACGCGCUUGCACCGGAAGUGAUCCAUUGAUAGAUCCGGAAAUGUGCACCUAUUUGAACGGGUUGAAACCAGUGGAUAUGGAAUGCUUUGCUUUGGUGACAAACGCCUACUACAAGAUGGGUUAUCCACCGCCUUGCCCGAAGAAUCUCACCGAGUCUUCGUUCAAUCAACCGGUCACCUCGAUGAGUGAUAAUGAAGUGCAAACCUGUCUCUCUGAUGCCUGGAGUAUGUUCACCGAUUUGUGCGGCAAUAAUCCAUCGCUUUUAAGCCGCACCGAGACUCUUUACAACACACAGAUGGAAACCCUUAACAAAUGUGUGGCUGCAAAUCCGGAUGUUGGACCCACCUGCAAACACGAAUUCGAACUUCAACAAGUCGCGCAAUUCAACGUGUUCCAAAAUCAAGAAGAUGGCACUCACGCUGAUCCGGUUACCAUUCUUGAGAGAUCUCUGAAAACCUUCCGCAAUUUCUACCAGAUCUUCCAAGAAUAUUUGACCAAAUGCCAAAGCAUUUGGACAUGUGGAUUCAAGAGCACGUUUAACGGACUCAAAUCACCAUUCACUCAAUUCGCUUACAAAUACAUCUGUAAAGAGCUAGAUUCGUCGAAUGGUACCUUUAAUCAAGCUGAUUUUGUUGCAAAGGUGCAAGCUUUCUCGACUCAGAUGAUCGCUUUGGCCAAGGCCGGCAAAUCAAAC